AUGAGGGCAGCACCAGUCGUGCACAUAGCGAAUAGACACUGGGAACUCCUUAUGCUCGAUGAAGCUCGUCUACUGGGUACUAAGGAAAGAAGGAGAAGUUCAGUGAAGCAGCGCACAGUGGCGCCACCUAGCGGCGUCCAGGCUGAGUCACCGGCGGUGCGACAAGAGCGCAUGCGCCAAGAGAAGGUCAACGAAGAAGGAGCUUUACGUCAUCAGUGGAUUGAUGUUUCUACGUGGGACAUUAUAGUUAUAUACUUGCUGACACUCAAACUGGACCCAGAAUCUCGCAAGCAAUGGGAGCUAAACGUAGCAACCAACUCAGCUUCUGAUGCUUUGCCUACUUUCGACCAAUUCAAAGAUUUAACAAGCCGCUAUAGAGCUUUAGAAUUCGUCGAGCCCAAAAGCUUUAAUAAAUCUCCCAAUGCUUACGGAAAACCUGGUGAUAGUUAUUUGAAUAAACCAAAUGCGCUUCAUGUUGCCAACACGUCCUCGUCAUCCUCUUUACCAUGCAAACAAGUAGCGUUCCCGGAAUGGUUGAAAAGGAAACAGCUGACGUUGGCCGAUCCGACUUACAACAUACCGAACAAAAUUGACGUCCUUUUGGGAGGAGAAGUCUACUGCAGGAUAAUUGAAGAUGGAGUACUUAAAGGUCUAAACGGUUUUCCACUAUUACAGUGCACCACAUUCGGGUGGAUUAUAUCUGGUACAGACGGUUCAACGAGUUCAAACGAAAAUGUGACAGUUUUACAUACACAAGUUAAUGAUGAUGAUAUGUUGAAAAAGUUCUGGGAAAUGGAAUCAGAACCAAAAGAUCACUCCAAACUGCUUACAACAGAAGAACAAAGGUGUGAAGACUUCUUUGCAUCUACAACAGUGAGAGAUGAAGAAGGCAGAUAUGUCGUAAAACUGCCACUUCGCGACGAUAAGAUCUGUAAAGGAAAUUCAAAGGAUAUAGCAAUUAAACGAUUACACAGUUUAGAGAGAAAAUUUGAAAAGGACAAUACACUUAAAGCUAGAUAUACGGAAGUGAUAAAGGAGUAUGAGCAACUAGGUCAUAUGCCAGAUUUACGACACCUAGUUAUGUGUUGGAGACAGUAUCCCGUCUGUUUAGUUGCGGACAUUGUAAAAAUGUACCGCAUGGUGCGGGUGGCUGAAGAUGAUACUGACUUCCAACGUAUAGUGUGGCGAGAAGAUUCUGAAAAUAAGAUCAAAGAUUACAAGUUGCUAACAGUAACAUUUGGCACGUCCUCAGCUCCAUACUUGGCAGUAAAGGCACUGAAUCAAGUAGCCUGUGAUCAUAAGGACAAAUAUCCCAUGGCUGCACCUAGAGUUCACAAAGAGUUUUAUAUGGAUAAUCUAAUGACCGGCAGUGAAACAAUAGAAGAAGGGUUACAGAUUUACAAAGAAAUGAAAUCCUUAUUGAACGAAGGAGGAUUUAUUUUACAAAAAUGGGCUAGUAAUAAACAGGAAUUGUUAGAUCAAAUAAAUAAAACAGAAAACAAACAGGUAGCAAAUGAAGGAGAAAAGAACAGCCUGGAAUUAAAAACGGACAAUAUAACAAAAAUCUUAGGACUUACCUGGAACAGAGAUGAAGAUGUGUUUCAGUACUCAGUAAAUUUACCGCCGCUUUCACCACCUGCAACUAAAAGAAAAAUUAUUUCGGAUGUGUCGCGUUUAUUUGACCCGUUGGGAUGGUUGGCCCCGUGUGUCAUAGUAGCAAAGAUUUUUAUACAGCGAUUGUGGAUAGCAGGAAUUGGAUGGGACGAGGAGCCACCAACAGAUAUAUUAAAAGAUUGGAUAACUUACCGUGAACAGCUAACCAGUCUUGAAGAUUUCCGUAUUCCCAGAUGGAAUAACAUGAAUGUUAGCGACACAUUAGUAGAGUUGCACGGCUUUAGCGAUGCCGCUACUGCUGCAUACGCAGCUGUUGUAUAUCUACGGGUAGUAAAGGCUUCAGGUGAGAUUCGUGUUGCUUUAGUUGCUGCUAAAACCAGAGUAUCUCCUGUAAAACAGGUCUGUAUACCGAGACUGGAACUAUGUGGCGCAGUACUCCUCGCUAAACUUCUGAAGGAAGUUGCUACUGUCAUGAACAUACCCAAACACAAUGUGAAGGCAUGGACAGAUUCUACAGUAGUUCUUGCCUGGAUAAACAAGCAUCCGAGUAAUUGGAAAACUUUUGUGGCGAAUAGGGUUUCGGAAAUACUUACCACUAUGGACUCAUCGCAAUGA